AACGGUGUGACGAGAGCGCCGUUUUGGUUGCUCAGGGCGAGAAAGUGUUUUAUUUCUCUGAAGGGAUGGAUAGAUAAGCUACAGCGAGAACGGCACAGACAAGGCGGGGAGAGUCUGAUCAGCGUCGUGCCAGCGUCAAGGCAGUUACAAAAAACAAUGAUGUUUUUCCUCAGAGCGCCACACACAAGAUGGCGGCUACAAACGGACACGGCGUAGGAGGCGUCGACGUCACGUGACGUCACGGACGUCAUCUCGCGGCCCCUCCCUUUUGGAAACGCGCGUCGGACAGAGGUCGCAAGAUGGCGGCGCCCGGGAGCGUGGAGGAGAUGCGGAGCCGGGUGGUUCUGGGCGAGUUCGGAGUCCGGAAUGUCCACACAACAGACUUUCCAGGGAAUUAUUCUGGAUAUGAUGAUGCCUGGGAUAAGAAUAGAUUUGAAAAGAAUUUCAGAAUAGAUAUGAUCCAUAUGGAUGAAAGCACACUGGAAUUUGACAUGGUGGGGAUUGAUGCUGCAAUUGCGAAUGCUUUCCGACGCAUCUUGCUUGCUGAGGUGCCAACCAUGGCUGUUGAGAAAGUCUUUGUGUAUAAUAACACCUCCAUUGUUCAGGAUGAAAUUCUGGCUCAUCGUUUAGGACUGAUCCCUAUCUGUGCAGAUCCUCGACUCUUUGAAUACAAAAGUGAAGAAGAUGAAUGUGAUGAAAUUAAUACUCUGCAAUUCCAGUUAAAAAUAAAAUGUAGCAGGAAUCCUCAGGCACCUAAAGAAUCAUCUGACCCUAAUGAACUCUAUAUUAACCAUAAAGUUUACAGCAGGCAUAUGGAAUGGGUACCACUGGGGUCACAGGCUGACAACAUGAAUUCUAAUUUCCGUCCUGUGCAUGAUGACAUCCUCAUUGCACAACUGCGGCCUGGCCAAGAGAUUGACAUCCUUAUGCACUGUGUAAAGGGCAUUGGUAAAGAUCAUGCAAAGUUUUCUCCAGUGGCAACAGCCAGCUACCGCCUGUUGCCAGAUAUUACUCUGCUGCAGCCUAUUGAAGGGGAAGCAGCUGAGAAGCUAAAGAAGUGCUUUUCAGCUGGAGUUAUUGAAAUCGAGGAAAUCAAAGGGAAAAAAGUGGCAAGAGUGGCUAAUGCUCGUUUGGACACAUUUAGUAGAGAAAUUUUUCGUCAUGAUGAUUUGAAAAACCUUGUGCGCUUGGCUCGAGUAAGAGAUCAUUACAUUUUCUCUGUAGAGUCAACAGGUAUCUUACCUCCAGAUGUAUUAGUGAGUGAAGCUAUUAAGGUGUUGAUCGGUAAAUGUCAGCACUUUUUGGAGGAGCUGAAGUCCAUCCAGAAGAAGUGACUUUAGGAACACAAAACUCAUCAGAAGAGUCUUAGCAGAGCUCUCUAUGGCUGCAUUUUGAGAAGGAGCUCCAAUGAAGUCUUUAUCAGCUGGUGCAUCUUCAAGAGAUAUGGAAGACUGACACCCUUUCCCAUGUACUUCCUAUUGGCAGUCAUCUAAGAUAUGGUUGAAAUGCAGCUGUGUAAAGGCAGUGCCACUGUGGAACUUUUUGCAAAGAUCAGAAUGUAUUGACUUGGGACUUUGAUUCUUUGACAGAUGCCCCACAUGGGGUGAAAAGAAUGUGUUAGGACAUUAAGGUGUAAGUGGCUAGUAAUAAAUUCUUGCCCAUGUAUGUUUGCCUUGAGGACUAUAUUAGAAAGCUGUACAGUAGAUCCACCUCUUAAAGGUGAAUUGUGUUCAUAGUUCCUUAACAUGGGCCUUAAGGUUUGUUUGACCUGGAUAAUACCGCAGCGCUAUAUAGUAAGGACUAAUGCUACAGUCCUCUCAUGCUAGCAGUGGGGUUUUUAACAAGUGUUGGCCACUUACUUGGCCACCACGUUGGCCACUUACUAUGAAUGUUCAUUUACAUUGGUAAAGAAGAUAUCCAGGGAUGUUUUUAUCUGUGAAGGAGACAUCCAAGAGUGAGUUACCACCCAGACAAGGCAGGGGUUGUAUGAUCAAACUUGCUGCUAUGCUGAAAAAAACAUUAUUCCCCUGUUACUUUCAUAGCAAAAUGUGGAACAGCCAGAAAGAAAAUGUCACAUGUUGACCAAGUGAACACAAUAUUAUUCUUGGCAGACAAGAACCAACAUUCAAAGGAAGCAUCCAGGAAUUGAAUUUACCCACGUUACCUAAGAAGGUGGGAAUGUCUUAGAUUAGGAAUUUUGAUGUGGGGGACCAACAGUUUUCCCCAUAAUGUGCCAAGGGCCAUGCCAUAAUGGUGUUCACUGAUUAGCGUUUCUUUCUUGGAAGUUCUGCAGGGGCUGAUAGCUGAUGGCUCAUGGACUGGCACUAGUCUAUAAACCACCACUUUGAGUAGCACUGUUCUAAAGUCUGUAGAUUUGUUCAGCAGGCUGAUCAGAAGAGUAGUGGCUGGCAGGUGACAAGUGCUUUUGGCAGUGAGAAGCAGCGGGUGGGACUAUAGGCUGACUAAAACCAUGCUGGGCACUAAACUUUCAAGCAGAAGUAGCAGUGGAUGUUUUGUUUUUAACUCCUUAAACAUCCUUGGCAGUCUAGGAGGCUGGUUUAGAAAUUGCACAUCAGAGUUGCUUUUUCUCAGGUUGACUGAAGCAAGCAGGGUAGUUUAAGAGAUGCUUAGCCAAACCAUCCAGUACCAUGGAUUUGGUUUUACAGAGAAGGCAGUGAAAUUAUAUCUUGAGGAGGGAGACCAAAAUGGGACAUGACCUAUGAGUGUAGAAAAAUCAUGAAAUAAAUAUAAAAUGGCUGCCUGCUGUCCUCCAGUCUAUUGGUAGUGAAGAGAAUGGAUGUGCGAUUUUUCUUAAACGGGGGGCCUCAGUGGAAUUGAGAGUGUGAAACCACCAAUGAUGGACAAAGCUUGAUGUGUAUUUUUGCUACCAUUAUAAUAACUCUUCUUUUUGUAGAAUGAUGAUUAAAUCAUUCAACUUCUCGUCCUCUUUUGCUCAAGAUAAGGGUACUGGAGAGUCACAGAAACACCAAGCCAAGGGAAGCAGAAGGAAUGCUCAUUAAUGAGUGAGAUGCUGAUGUAGCGUUUGUAGCUUUGGGUGUACAGAAGCAGCCAGCUUGCAUAAGAAGGGAUUAAGUCUUUUACCAAUGGCACAUAUGUUAUAAAAGAGACAUUUUGUCUAGUAUUUUUGAACCCAAGUGAACUAAAGUCUGGGAAUAGCUGAAAAUGGAGACAGCUUUACAAAAAAGUUUGGGGAAAGACUGAACACUAAGAGGUAAAUAUAAAACAAAGGGUAUAGUAAUAAUCCAAAAGGGAAUUGAAAAUAAAGGUACGGAUGUUGUCUCUAAGAGAAGGAACUCUACAGGGAGUACAGUGCAGUAGCAACAAUGAUAACGUGGACCUGGCUUGCCUAUGCAGUAGUGAGUCAUCGUCUACUGGAUACAUUCUGCAGAAUGUGAUUUAUGGAUAUACUUUUCUGCUUAUUAAAGCAGCUGAAAUUA